AUGGAUAACAGUGGCAGCACACCACAUACCAUUAAACGAAAGUGAGUGUUAAUUUCUUUUGCACCCAGUAAAAUUGAUUCUGUAAUGAACUCAUCUGGCUCAACUUAACAAACCAUAAGCUUCCCCAUCCCUUUCUUCUCCCCAUCCUUCAAAUUCAUCAAGUGUGACAACUUUUAGAAAAAAGUUUUUAAAAAAAAUUCUUACAUAGAUUGUCUAUUUUCAUCUUUGGUUUUUUCCUUCCUUUCAUUGUUUUGCUCUAUUUUUAUUUGAUUUAUUAUUUUUGAUGUAUUGUUUUACCUUAUUUGCCUAAAUUGGCCUCCUUCACAUGUUUAUUUUAGAGGUUUGAUGCUGUAUAGCUAGUUCAUUUCUUGAAUUAAAAUAAUUGUACUCUUCUUAGCAGAAAGCUAAUCAUUCUGAGUCACAUUUGUUUGUUUGUUUGUUUGUUUGUUUUUUUUUUUACCUUCUAAAGUGCUUAUGUGUAACUAUAUUAUUGUCAGUAAUAGGGUGUUUGAUGGUUUUUGUUGUUUUUUCUUUCAGAUUAUCUGACACUUCAAUUGAUGUUGGUCAAACAGGUGUGAAUUAAGAAAAUAUUUAGAUACAUUUGUUAGGUCCAUUCUGUAGUAAAGGUUUACUUGCAGUUGGAUAAAAUCUUCUGGUGAUGAAGCUGACAGCUAAGGUUGAUGUUAAAGACAGAGAUGGUUAAUUCCAGUAAUCUGUUCUUUGGCAAUAACUCCAGGAGAAUAUGAUUAACCAACACAAUGUGAAACUUGCCACUUGGAUGAGUAAAUUUGGACUCUACUUCAACAUAUACUUUCUUACAUUGUAACAUUGUUGCAUUCUGAAUUUUUUGGAAACAAAGAUGAUUUGCUUGUAUUUGUAAUAGGCUUACACACAUAACAAUAACAAGAAAACAAUGAUGAACCCUACUACUCCCUGAUUAACAUGUAACUUCUCCCUUAAAAUCCAUACCUUAUCCAAUGAGAACAGUCAAACUAUUUAGAUAGAGGUUCUUAUCUCGAUCUAACACCAAAUUCUUGUUACUCACUAAUGAGAGAAUGUGUAGCAGUUACAGGGGAGAGUUAACAAUCAGAUCUUGGGAGUUGAAGGGUUAAAUUCUUUUUUACUGAACAGGACAGUAAUACCUCAAGGGAAUGAAUGCCUGUGAAGCCUACUUGUUUAAGAUAAAUUAAUGCUUAAACAUUUAUGACAAUGGCAAUGUAUUCUGUUGGUGGCAAAGAAUUUGUUUUCUACACCAACAAGAUUGAGAGAAAUUUAAAAAUUCAAAGUUAUAGUGGCUGUAUGUUAAUCUCUAACUAUGAAAAGGGGAAGAAAUGAAAUGUGGCAGGCCUGAGGCUUAGUGACUAGUAAGCAUUUGGUAAAAUAAUUGAGUGUAAAUGGAUUUAGAUUUUAAAUUCUCUUUACUAAGUUCUUGCAUGAAUAAUAUUAACAGGUAAAAAGACACGACUGCAAGUCAUUAUCCCCAGACUCAAACUGUCUGAAGAACAGUUACAAAGAUUACAAAUAUUUACCACAAAACUUCAAAUGGCAUCAGUCAACAAGGAACAUGAGAUUCCCUCAAAUAACAAUGGUGCUGCAAACACAUCAACCACAGAGGAAGUUGCAGAUGUGGUACCAUCAACAACCAAACCAGUAAGAAGAAAAGAAAAAAAUUCUGAAGCAGAGAGUCCUGUGAGGCACAGGUUGUCAGACCUCCUGGGUGGAUUAUCUACUGGCUAUAUUGAGACAUACCCUGAUUGUGAAGAGACAUAUACAGAAAGGAUUGUUUGUGAGCUACCCAAUGGUAGCAGUUGUCUCCAUCCAAAGUCAGUGAAGGCGGGUUUGUUUCAUUCAGAUGAGCCCCUUCCUAAUGAGAAUGGUGACUCUCCAUUUUUAUGGGAAAAAGACUGUAUUACAGUACCUUGCUAUCCAGAUGUUGUGUCUGAGACCUGCCAGCAGGUGAAAGACGAUUUUGGCAAGACAUUAUUGAAUGACAAUGGCCAAGAGGCUAUUCUCAAAACUGCAACUACUGAGCAAGAUGACUGGGAUUGGCUGAAAGAGAACCAACAGUUGCAACCUGGUUGUAGCAGUGGUAGUAGCAGUGGCAGUUUUUUACAUGAACCUGAAUCUUUAAGUGCUGAUCAGUACCAGAGUACUGUUGAGGUUUGUGGAGGUUGUUUUUUAGCCCUUGUCGUACAGAGUGCAAGUUUCUCAAAUUAAUCACUGAAUGAUGUAACAAUGCCAGCAACAACAAAACCUUUAUGUUGUGUAUUUUAGAUUGUAGAUGUUUGAAAAAUUGAUAUAAAUUGAAUGGAAAAUAGCAGGUGUUGUAGAGACAAGACAGCCAAUAUGAAGAAGUAAAAGGAGGUUAUAUCAAGAGGUGGGGCCAAGUACCCCUUCCCUUUUUUCCCUUCUCUUUCUUUUCUCCCCCUCCCUCCCUCCCUCACCAUCUUACAAUAGAGAAUUGAUAAUUUGCACCAGCAGGGAGAGCAGUGCUGGGAAUACUUGUCACAGAUGUAUUUUCAUAUUUAUAUUUCAUGUAGGUAACUUUAUAUGAGAUGUUACAUGUCUUACUCAGGUUGAAAAAAACUUUAGUGUAAAUCAUUACCAUGAAACAGUAAAGGCAUAGAGAAAUUAAACUAACACAUUUCUUUAUCUUUACUUGUUAAUUCACAUAAAUCAGGUUAUGAAUUCCCUUCUGACAAGUUUUGCCGAAGAAAAGGAAGCAAAGACACAACUGGAACAACUAGUGUCACAGCUAGAAGAAAAGAACAAAGAACUUGUUUCAGAGUGUGAAAACCUAAGGAAGCUUGUGAACGAUUUUCUUCCUCCCUCAAUGGUAAGCACACUUUGUAGCACUUUUAGAGUUUGCACUUUUCUUUAAGGAGGUGAAAGUGCUUUUAGUUUAUAUAGCAAGCAACUGAAAGGAAUAAUUAUGAACCAUAGACAGCUUUAGUGUUUGACUGCUAUAAGUAUGCCAUCAUUUGGACAAGCAUAUGUUCAUAGAUUGCAUGCUGUAGUGUCAUAAUUUUAUUAACAGUUUUAGAUUCAAUUAAAAAAAACAGGAACCCGAUUUUAAGAACCUUUCAUUCCACUUUUUUAAACUUAAAUUUGUCUCACAUGAGGACUUUCUUUUAGCCCUAAACACAAAACAGAGGCUUUUUUCACGAGGUUCUUUGGAAGCAAGCAUGAAUUAAUGAAGAAAAACAAGCUCCAGUGGUUGAUGAAAUCAGCCAAACCCCUUGAAACAUUUUCUCAGAUUUUCAUGUAUAUACCUUGUAAGGAACUUCACACAACUGUUAUUUAAACAGAGUUGCUUCUUGUCAGUGAGACGAAGAUAGUGUAACUGUAACCCACUGUACACUUUUAAGAAACUACUUAAUUCUGAAGCAUACACCAAUUGUACGAGAACCUCUAACCCUUUCACUCCCAAGAUUACAGUAGUAAUUCUCCUUACUGUUUGCCAUAUAACUUUAUUCUCAUCACUUGUCUGUUUGUUAAUUGUAUUGUAAGGAGAAAUUCCCUCUUGGUCACUCAUGGGAGUGAAAGGGUGAAGGCCAACUUGGAAACAUGCACGUUCUUAUUUAUAGAACUGAUUUAAUAGUCCUACAUGCGUGGUCAGCUGUACCGCGGGCACACCAACGUCACGGCUUCGUCCAAGUAGUCCAGUGGUCAGUGCACUGGGCUCCGAGUCGGACGACCCGGGUUCUAGUCCUGGCCGGGGGGACAAGGCGUUGUGCCCUUGAGACGUGCGGGAAAAAAAAUGCGAGUUCCGCUUUUAGGCUUGGCUUAAUCUAUAUAUUAGAUUUAACAGUCCUACAAAAUGUUUAUGAACAUGUCUUCCUACGAAUUAAAAUCUUCCCAAACCUCCUCACGUUUUUCGUUUCCAAAGGGAAGAGGUGACAUUUCCACAUAGGCUUCUUAACUCAGGAUUUGUUGUGCAUGCAGACUAAGUUAAAUCAUUUCAUGUACAAUGUACAUUUACAGGGGAAACCUGAAACUGUUUCGAGAGGGAUUCAAAUUAAUAUGGACUUGGUAAGUUACUUGAGAGCCUACGAAUUACAUCAUCUGUGCUGCAACCCUUUGACCAAUGCAUAUUGAAUACUUAUUAGAGCAACUGGUUGCCAGCGAAGUAGAUGUAGUUCAGUAUUUCCCGUUAUAGAAAGAGAAACCGCAGAACGACUAACAUGUUUUUGUUUUAAAGGGGGAACAGUGUUGGAGCCAUUAAAGGUUUGACAACCAUCAUAUGAUGAACAAAAAAAGUUUUAUAAAAAAAUGGAGCUCCUAGUACUUGGCUUAAUUCCCCUCCUCUGCCAUACGAUGCUUUCCCUCGAUUUAUAGGUCCCAAUUUCAAAUUCGUUCUGUUUCUUAAGCUACAGAUCUAUCUUUUUGUUGCAUAUUUUGCUACCUCUUUACUCCUAUUUGAUUCGAGUAUCUUACCACAAUUGCAAGUUUUUCAGGAAAAUGCCAUCAAAUAUGUUAUGGGUCAAUUUAUUCACGAGCAGUUGGUAAGGAACAGAAUUAAGCGUGAUGAAUUUCGCGGCGUUAUUCAGAACUACAAGGCAAGCUGCUGGCUAGGGUUCCCUCUUUAACUUCCUCCUCUCAGUUUAAUCUAACUUUUUUCCCGUUAUUUUUCAGUAACUUCUUGUCUAUGUUUCCUACUACCAUAUCUCCCCUGUCUGCUUUCGCUCGUCCUUUUUAGAUACAUUCUUUGCUUCCCUUUAUGACUCUUGCGAUAAAUUCUUAUAUGUUAUUCUUUUGAACAGAGUCUCCGCCGCGGAAGAGCUGUUGAUAGAGCAACCUCCCCAUUUAGAAUAGGGGGCCCCUCUCCAGAUGUAACUCUUGUUUCACUUUCUAUCGGAUGUCAGGCAAGCCCAGAAGAAUUAGAACCUCCAAAGAAAAUGGCGUCCAGUUUUUGCCAAACAGAUCCUGUAGUUGUGCCUGGAUUGCAACCACGAUCUUCGACGCAAAAUGCUGUUGCUACAAGGGUGCAAGGGAUUGUCAUGCCUAGCAUCCAGGGAAAAACUCCUGUUCAGCCUCCAGUUAGCAAUCCCAAGCCACCAAACCCCUCUCAAGUGGCACAUAGUCAACCUAUUUUUGGCCAACCUGGAACUGGGAUGAAUGUGCGGCAAGUAACCUUUCAACCUCCACCGUUAACGCAAGGACAAAGGUCAAACGACUUAAUGAGUAAACAGCUUUACACAACUAGCCUAGAUACUCGGUACCCCGUGAAUAUUGCUCAGGCCUCGGGUUACAAUACUGUAGGUUACCAGACUUCGGGUAACAUUGCUGCAAGUUACCAUGCAAGUGUACCGAAUGCAGUUCACUCAAAUUCAAAUUCAACCCCAUUACAGUUGCCUGGAAGUCAUCAAAAUGCUUAUCAUGGUAAUUAUGUCGUUUGGAAUAAAGGAAGUGCAACAAAUCCCUCUUCAAAUGUUCUAGGGCAUGUGCCUCAGCAAGUUAGGUUAAAUCAGUCAACAGGCCAGAGCUUCAGUUCUUUGAAUCAGAUGUUACCGUACACUAGUCAGAGAUCGGCAACGUUUCGCAGUCAGUUCGCAGGACAGCAACAGCGGCCAAAUCAAGCCAUAGCAGGGAACGUUCGUUUUACUUCGACCUUUCCAAACAAUGAAAAGACGACGCCAAAUCAAGAAGUAGCACUCGCACAUAGGAAUUCUGUUUCUUUAAACCAAACGUAUAAUAGAAGUUCAUCCUCUACCAGCAGUCCCGCACAGUACACAGGAACACAACAGCAUUCUGCUUCGCAGCAGAUGAAUCCUAGGCACUUAGCACAGCUGCUAAGAGAUUCACCACGUGAUGUUCAAAUGAACAUACGACGGUACAAUGAUGAAAUUCGGCGUCAGAUUACGUGUCGAGCUUCAAAAGAGUGGGUGCCAUCGUCCAGGCGCUGUGAACAACCGUCUUCCUCUCUUCAUGGAAUCUCGAAGAGUAUUAAUGAUCAGGUAGCUACUUCACAGCGUGUGGAGGGAGUGCCAUCACAGCAUGGAAGAAUUGAGUUAUAUAAAGGGCAGACGUGCAUUCGAUUAAACCACCCCCCAGCAGCUCCGAAUCUAACAGAGAGGGUACCAGUCAUGUCGAAUUUAAUAGCUAAGGACAAGGAACAAAUACAACAGAAUUUAUCAUCGUCUCUGUCAUCAAACAGCUUCAUCAUUGCCCAGGCAACACCAGUCGAUGGAAACUCAGAUAAAAGGGUACAAUCUCACAUCCAAACUUUGAGCCACUAUGGCGAAGUUCAGGCUCAGCGUGUUUACAGUGAGUCACAAGGCACGUCCAGCAAUAAAAACCAGCCACUCAAUGUCGUAAACGAACCGCAUCCUUAUGUAACAGAGCUUCCUAACUCGGGUCAGCAGUCUCAGUUAAUGGUCUCGUAUGCAAAUCGUGUAGUCUCAAUAUCAGAACAAAGAUCAGCCCCCACCACAGCUAAUCCGCCUCGGCAUGAUGCUGGAAACCAACUGCAAUCCAACCAAACAUCAACGUAUGCAUUCUCUAACAGAAGCUUGAGAGGUGGAACGGUUGAACGCAAUGUACAUUUUAGUCAUGAUAUUGCCUCCGGUAGUGUGCAUAGAAAUAUAUCUUCAGGAGAAACAACAGAUCCGAAGGAGAACAUCAGUAGCGAAAGCAGAACCUGGAAAACAACACCAAAUAACCAAAGAAACAAUCCAGAAACGGCUGAUUCACAUUCAACUGAUGUUGAUGUUGGGCACGGAAAGGAGGAUUUAAGUAGCUCCAUUUGCUCAAGUAAAUUUGCUUCCACACAAAUGGACACUUCAAACCAAGAUGAUAGUACAAACCAGGCAUUUAAGGAUCCGUACAAAAUACCAUCCAAAACACCCGGUGGCGUCUUAGAGGAAACAGUUCAACGACUCAUAACUUUAAAAAAUAGAAUCGCCAACUCGGAAAACUCUUCUGAGAAUGGAUGUGCGUCAGCAAAUUCUAACGGUGAAUCGGUAGUUAGCGUUUCAAAGGCAGUUAGUGGCCAAGAGGACAAAGAACAGGUUGAACCUCAAGUGGUAGCUAGUGAAGAACUUGACAGUGAUGGUAAGGAGGUUACCAGCAGUUUGGAGGAUGACAAUAGUUUUCAAGACCCGUACGUAAAUCUUAUGUCCCCGGUGAUACCAAGAAUGACCAUUCCGAGGCGAUCUCGUUCACUCUCACAAAGGCGCAGCCUGGAUGAUGUUGGGGAUGUUUCAAGUGCCUCCAAUGUAGAUUGUUCCUCGUACGGUCAGGGUGGCAGUGAUGAGAACAUUGACCCUGGAGCCUCACAUGAACUAGUUGGCAAUGAAGAGGGUGCAAAAGAAAGUGCAAGAAGUGAGCAAGAAAGUGAAGUAACGUUCAGAACAGAUCCCACUGAUGAGACCGACAGCCGUGAACUUGAAAAUGGAACGUUUGGUGGUAAUGACCAAGACCAUAUUUUUUCUGAGGAUACAGUGGUAGAAGAACAACAAGGUACUUGCAGUACUAAAGAUCAUGAAAUGUAUACACCGACAGACUUGGAAUGUGCGACAUCGGAACCAAGCAGGUUAUCAUUAUCAGUCUCAAACAAUGAAGGAUUAGAACAGUUACUUGAUUCUACACCAAGCGACACUGUGGAAGAAUCACCGGGUAGUUGCAGUACCAAAGAUCAGGAAAUAAUUACUUCGACAAAUUCAGUAUUUGUGACCACAGGACAAAGCAAGCCAUUCGCGUCAGUCUCAAAUAGCCAGCAAGUCGUAGGGACCUCUGCUACCCAGAAUGAAAGAUUAGGGUUACCAACGGACAUUGCGCAAGAAGCUUCAGUGGAUCUUGACAAUUUGGAACAGGGUGAAUGUAGCCUUAUGCCCCAAGGUAAAGGUUGUGAGGAAGAGAACAACACAUGUGCGAGCGAAGUAAAUGUCUUCAAAGAAGCUGUAGAUACGCGUAGUGAUACCAGGGGACCAUUCUCAACUUCCCUGAAAGUGGAAGCAAGCUGUAACGAGUGCAUGAGUGCAUCAUCAAAAACGGAUGAUAAAUCAGAUGCGGAAGAACAUGGAAUGUGCGAGAUGACUACUAAAGGUCAAAUCUCGCCCUACGUAGCCGACAUGAAAUUAACAAAGACACAGCAUUCAAUGAAUGUACCUCUUCCCUUAGGAGAAAAGCUGGAGCAGAGUAAAGAAAUAUCAAAUUCUUUAGCAAAAAAUGGUCUAAAUGAAGAAAGCGCUUCCCCCAACAGAACAAUCAAAUCCGAAGAGAUAAAUUUACUUCCGAUUCCUCAAGUUGCUCUGCGUUUGGAGAAUGGAAGCACUGCUAUUCUUAUGUGGAACGUACCUCCUAAUAGCAAAGUAACGGAUAUAAAUUCUUUUGAAGUUUUUGCACUAAUGGUGACUCCAGAUGAACAGGGGAAGUCACUUGCUCGGUGGGUGAAAGUUGGCCAACUGAAAGCAAUAAAACUUCCCAUGGCAUGUAGAAUACGUCGUUUGUUGGGAAAAAAGGCUUCACUUCACCAUUUCAUUGUCCGGGCGAUUGGUAACGAUGGACAAACUGGGCCUUAUAGCUUACCAGCUGCUGCUUCAUAA